UUGCGACUCUCGAACAAACUAACUAACAAACUAACACAAACAAAUCACCUCUCACUUCUCUCCCAUACCCACGUCUCUGAGGGAAUAGAAAGUUAGCACCAAUUUGGAAAUCCAAACACGCGAUAACAAUGGGAAAUACCUCCUCCCGACCGCUCAACCCCAGAGAGCCACGGGCCAUCUACCAUGACCUCGGCUACGGCGAUAUCAUCUCAAACCCGCUGGUAGCACCAGCGGCAGAGGCGCCCAAGCUCAAGGGCCGCAGGACCCUCUCCUUCGCCAUCACUCGCAGGUCGACGGCCCAGUCGAGCCGCAGGGUGCUUGGCUAUCCGCCGAAGUAUCAUUGGUGAUGUGGUUCUGAACCCCCAGGCCUUGCUUGCGCCCGUAUUGUUAGCUGCAGGACGGCUGAUCGGG